CUCUUAGCUUUUUUUAUGAACGUGCAGGCCUGCUCUAGGUGUGGCUAUGGGGUUUACCCUGCAGAGAAGAUCAGCUGCAUAGACCAGACAUGGCAUAAAGCAUGUUUUCACUGUGAAGUCUGCAAGAUGAUGCUGUCUGUUAAUAACUUCGUGAGUCACCAGAAAAAGCCGUACUGUCACGCCCAUAACCCUAAGAACAACACUUUCACUAGUGUCUACCACGCACCCUUAAGUCUAACCUUGAAGAAGUCUGUGGCAGCCACAGGUGGGAUCAAUGGCCAAGAGGAUGGUGAGCAGUUUAAAUCCGUUUUUCACUGGGACAUGAAGACCCAGGAUGGAGCAGCUGCUGCUAGCACGCAGCCGCGGAAGAACACGAGAGACUACUGGCCAGGGUAUGGAGAGGGUAACACUUGGUGUCCCGGAGCUCUGCCCGACCCUGAGAUUGUAAGGAUGGUUGAGGCUCGGCAGUCUCUUGGUGAGGGGUACACAGAAGACAGUGAACAACAGCAAGGCAAGGGGAGCUUCCCGGCCAUGAUCACACCUGCCUACCAAAGGGCUAAGACAGCCAACCAGCUGGCCAGCCAGGUGCAAUACAAGAGAGGCCAUGAUGAGCGCGUCUCCACGUUCACCCCGGUGACAGACACUGCUGAGCUGCUACGGGCAAAGGCUGGGGACAAGCUCCAGAGCGAUGUGAGGUCCACAGAAGACCAUGCUCAGCAGAGAGGGAAAGGCAGUUUUCCUGCUAUGAUCACACCUGCCUAUCAGAUCGCCAAGAGAGCCAACGAGCUGGCGAGUGAUGUGAGGUACCACCAACAAUAUCAAAGAGAAAUGAAGGGGCUGGCUAGUCCUGUCGGAGCAGAGGGCAUCACGGCAAAGGAACGCAUAGGCCAACACGGCCAGGUUUACUCAGAAGAGUGUGAUGAACCCAGGGGAAAGGGCAGCUUCCCGGCCAUGAUCACCCCAGCUUAUCAGAAUGCCAAGAAGGCCAAUGAGCUUGCUAGUGACAUAAAAUACAGGCAAGACUUUCAUAAGAUGAAAGGCGCGGCGCAUUUCCACUCCCUCACAGCCCAGGACAACUUGGUUCUUAAGCAAGCUCAGAGUGUGAACAAGCUUGUGAGUGAGAAUAAAUAUAAAGAGAACUAUGAGACCCACCUGAGAGGCCACUAUGAAGGCGUCGGCAUGGACCGACGCAUGCUCCACGCUCUGAGAGUCGGCAGCCUGGCCAGCAGUGUUGCCUACAAGGCUGAUUAUAAACACGACGUUGUGGAUUACAACUACCCGGCCACUCUCACCCCGCUCUACCAAACAGCGAUGAAACUGGUUCCCCUGAAGGACGUCAACUACCGGCAAAGCAUCGACAAAUUGAAGUACAGCUCAGUGACAGACACACCGCAGAUUGUUCAAGCGAAAAUCAACGCCCAGCAAAUGAGCCACGUGAAUUACCGAGCUGACUACGAGAAGAACAAGCUGAACUACACAUUGCCGCAGGAUGCUCCUCAGAUGGUGAAGGCCAGGACCAACGCCCAGCUAUUUAGUGAGGUGAAGUACAAAGAAGGCUGGCAGAAGACAAGGGGGAAAGGAUUUGAGCUGAAGCUGGACGCCAUGUCUCUGCUGGCUGCCAAAGCCUCGGGGGAACUUGCCAGCAGCAUUAAAUACAAAGAAGACUAUGAAAAAACAAAAGGCAGGGUCCUGGGAACCACUGAUGCCAAGCUUCUGCAUUCUCUGCAGGUGGCGAAGAUGAGCAGCGAGGUUGAAUAUAAGAAAGGGUUCGAAGAGAGCAAGACCCACUUUCACCUGCCCAUGGACAUGGUGAACCUCAGGCAUGCCAAAAAGGCCCAAACCCUGGCCAGUGACCUCGACUAUAGGAAGAAACUGCAUGGCUAUACCGUGCUGCCUGAAGACAUGAGGAUUCAGUGGGCCAAGAAGGCCUAUGGGCUCCAGAGCGAGCUGCUGUACAAAGCUGACCUGGCGUGGAUGAAGGGAGUCGGGUGGCUGACAGAGGGGAGUCUCAACCUAGAACAGGCCAAGAAGGCUGGACAGCUUGUCAGCGAGAAAAACUACCGGCAGAGGGCUGAUGGGUUGAAGUUCACCAGUGUGACCGACGGCUCCCAGAUGGAGCAUGCCAAGAGGAGCCAGGAGCUGCAGAGUGGGGUGAAAUACAAGGAAGAUUACGAACGGUCCAGGGGGAAACUCGUGGGAGCACAGAGCGCCCAGGGGGAUUCACAGAUAAGCCACUCGCUGCAGAUGUCAAAGCUACAGAGUGAGCUGCAGUACAAGAAGGGCUUUGAAGACUCCAAGUCUCGCUGCCACGUCCCGCUGGACAUGCUCCACCUCGCCCAUGCUCGCCAGGCACAGCGCUUAGCCACAGAUGUAGGCUAUAGGACGCCAUCACACUGCUUCACGGCCCUGCCCACGGACAUGAAGGUGGAGUGGGCCAAGAAGGUCUAUGGCCUGCAGAGUGAGAACCAAUACAGGGCGGACAUGAAGUGGAUGAAAGGCGCAGGCUGGGUUGCCACCGGGUCAUUAAAUGUGGAACAGGCGAAGAAGGCCGGAGAACUCAUUAGUGAGAAGAAGUACCGUCAGCACCCAGAUGCUUUGAAGUUUACCAGUAUUAAAGACACUCCGGAGAUGGUCCAGGCCAGGAUCAGUUAUACCCGAGCAGUGGAUGGAAGUGAUAAUAGACUGUAUAAGCAGCAAGCAGAGAAGAUAAAGCACCAGUACACGCAGACAGUGGACUUGCCGGAAGUCCUGCUGGCCAAGCUAAACUCCAUGAACAUCAGCGAGAGUCGCUAUAAGGAGUCAUGGAGCCGCCUUCGAGAGGGUGGAUACAAGCUAAGGUUGGAUGCCCUUCCGUUCCAGGCAGCAAAGACGUCCAAUGAAAUUAUCAGUGACUACAAAUACAAAGAAGCAUUUGAGAGAAUGAAAGGGCAGAUGCUUGGCUCCCGGAGCUUGGAAGAUGACCUCAGCCUUGCACAUUCAGUACACGCGACCUUGCUGCAGAGUGAUGUGAAUUAUAAGAAAGGCUUUGAACACUCAAAGGCUCACUUCCAUCUGCCGCUGGAUAUGGUAACCUUGGUGCAUGCCAAGAAGGCCCAGACUCUGGCCAGCGACCAGGACUACAGACAUCCGCUCCCCCAACACACAUCCUUGGCAGAAGACCUGAGGCUGAGCUGUGCCAAGAAAGCUCACAAGUUACAGAGUGAGACGCUGUACCGUUCCGACUUGAACUUCAUGCGCGGUGUCCCCUGUGUCGUUCCUGGAGCGUUGGAGAUUGAAGGAAGAAAGAAUGCAUCCAAGCUCAUCAGUGAGAGUAAGUACCGCCAGUACCCUCGGUCAUUCAAGUACACAGCUGUGACAGAUACUCCCAACCUUCUGCAUGCCAAGUUCAGCAACCAGAUCACCAAUGAGCGUCUUUACAAGGCGGCUGGGGAGGACGCGCGGCACCGGUACACAGUGAGCCUCGGCCUGCCCGAGUUCAUCCGAGCGAAAACCAACGCAGCCAACCUGAGCGAGGCAAAAUACAAGGAGUCCUGGCGUCAUCUUUGUGCUCAGGGCUACAAGCUGACGAUAGACGCUUUGCCCUUCCAGGCUGCACGGGCCUCUGGGGACAUCGCCAGUGAUUUUCUCUAUAGGCACGCAUUUGUGAAGGAGCGGGGGCACCUGAUCGGCAUCCAGAGCGUGAGUGGUGACCCACGGCUCCGGCACUGCCAGCGGAUGGGGCAGCUGCAGAGCGAGAACCAGUACAAGAAGGAGGCGGCCAGCAGCCAAGCCCAGUGCCACCUGCCCAUGGAUAUGGCGUUCCUGGUCCAUGCCAGGAAGGCCCAGGGCCUGGCCAGUGACCAUGACUACCGGACACAGUGCCACAAGUUCACUGCCCUGCCCGAGGAUCUGAAGAUGGCCUGGGCCAAGAAAGCCCACGCCCUGCAGAGUGAGUUUCAUUACAAAUCAGACUUGAUGAGCAUGAAGGGCACAGGAUGGCUGGCUCUGCGAUCUCCCCAGAUAGAGAGUGCAAAGAAGGCUGGAGAGCUCAUCAGUGAGACCAAGUACCGUAAAAAACCAGACAGUAUCAAGUUCACCACGGUGGUUGACUCUCCAGACCUUGUUCAUGCCAAGAACAGCUAUGUGCACUGUAAUGAGCGCCUGUACAGGUCAGGAGAUGCAGACUCCCUUCAUAGGUACACCCCCCUCCCAGACCACCCAGAUCUCGCCAGAGCGCGCCUGAACGCCAUGCACCUCAGUGACAAAAUGUACAGGAAUGCCUGGGAGCAGGACCGGGCCCGUGGCUGUGACUUCAGGCUGGACGCCAUUCCGUUCCAGACUGCCCGUGUGUCCAGGGACAUUGCCAGUGACUUCCGGUACAAAGAGGCGUUCCUGAGGGACCGGGGCUUGCAGAUUGGGUACCGCAGUGUCAACGAUGACCCAAGGAUGCGGCAUUUCCUCAGUGUCAGCAGGCUCCAGAGCGACAAUGAGUACAAGAAGGCCUUUGCCAACAGUUGCUCCCAGUUCCACAGCCGCGCUGACCAACCCGGCUUCCUCCAGGCCAAGAGGAGUCAGCAGCUGGCCAGUGGCGUGUGCUAUAGGCAGCCACUGCCCCAACAUACCAGCGACCCAGAGGAGCUGGGCCUGAAGCAUGCACAGAGGGCCCAUCAACUGCAGAGUGAUGUCAAGUACAAAUCUGACUUGAACCUGACUCGAGGUGUUGGCUGGACCCCUCCUGGCUCCUACAAAGUGGAGAUGGCUCGGCGGGCAGCAGAACUGGCCAACAGGAGGGGCCUGGGGCUCCAGGGGGCUUGCGUGGGGCCAGAGGCAACGGAGCUUGGAGAUCAUCAGAGCAGGGACGUGAACCCGGAUGCCUCAGAGAUCCUGCACAUCAACAGGAAGAAGACUCUGCCUAUGUGA